GGUGAAGGAGAGAAGACAAAGGUAUCCCACUUUGGACAAUGUUUGCCAAAUGAAUAACUGCUGAUUUUCCUUCAUGAACACUGAAGGACUGGUAAGGUUCCAUUCAUAUUGGUCUCAUAUUUCUAGUGUUUUCAGGUGACAAAAGGAAAGGAGUCUAGGAAAGGAAGCUAUUUAGACAACAAUGCUCUGGUUCCACCGGUUUCCAUUAAACAACACAGACACAAAGUCAGAUCUCACAGCCACAAAGUCAUAAUUGCAACAACAACAAAUAUUUUUUUUGUCUUAAUUUUUAACGUUAGGCAUAAGGUUAGCAGUGCAGUUAAGGUGAGGGUUGAUGUUGACUCAUAUUUUAGGAAGAAUAAUGGUAGAAUUUGGUGAGGUUUAUGUAGUCAUAAUUAAUUAAUAAUUCAAGGUAAAAUAAAAAAAUACACCCCUAAAAAGCACGUUGUUGUACGUAAUGAAAUAAGCGUGCGAGCACAUUCCGCAAGCGUGCGUGCUUCAAAGAUGGUGUUGUAGCUUGUAGGUCCUUGCAGCUGGGUACAGUCCACUAGCUGGGUGCGAGUAGGUGUCGCCGUAUCUGGAUUCGACGAUCGUAGUGCAUGAGGGACCCAGGACAAAUAGCUAGGACAUCAGAUUGGAUUAACACCGACAUUGGCCAACAACUACAUUAAUGGGGACCAACAACGAAUAACUUUUGAUUCAUUUAUUUAAUUUUUCGAAUAAUUUACAAGAAUGACUCCCCAUUCCUUGAUAAACUGUCUGUGCCUUGGGCAUCGAGCUGUCACUAUUUUAAAUGGGAGCUCACGUCACAUCCAGAUGGAGAUGCAAAGUAUUGCAUCACGGGCUGAAAUUGGUUUUAAACCCGCAAAAGUUGCUGUGGUGACAAAGAUGACAAGGCAUGAAUUUGAGCAGCAAAGAUAUCGCUUUUCAGAGCUCUCAGAAGAGGACCUAAAACAGCUGGUAAGAGAAUGGAAAACGAUGUGAUAUAAGUGGUACUUACUCUCAAACACCCUCAUGUGUUCGUUAUUGACAGUAAAACACACCCAUAACAAGUCAUCAGCACACACCAGUUUCACUUUCAGUUUAGACAUGGAAACCCAGUUGAUCCGAUAGGUAAAUGCUGGUCAUAGACAAAUAUUCACUGAGGAAGUCAGAUUCCUUUCUCAAUGUUGAGUUUUUUAUGCUAAUCCACAAGGAUUCAAGGAUAUUGUUGUGGUGUACUGUCUACAAAAGGUCAGAGGGACAUCUGUGCCUUCCUGUGUGUUACACACAUGCCUUCCCUGAGGCACUACAGAAACUCCGUCGUGGUCAGUUCAGGUGGCAGUGGCGGCAGAGGAUCCGUCUACACCUUGAGGGCACCGGGAUCAACCCCAUCCCAGUAGACCUACAUGAACAGCAGCUCAGCCAGGAGCAACACAACCUGGCACACCGCAUCACCCUCAUGGAGGCCUAGCGCAGUACGGCCCCUCGGCCUCCUAUACAGUGCCUUGCGAAAGUAUUCGGCCCCCUAGAACUUUGCGACCUUUUGCCACAUUUCAGGCUUCAAACAUAAAGAUAUAAAACUGUAUUUUUUUUGUGAAGAAUCAACAACA